AACGCCCUGCACCAGAGCUAAGUGGAAUGUAUCUCUGGUCCAGCACGUUACUAACGCCCUGCACCAGAGCUAAGUGGAAUGUAUCUCUGGUCCAGCACGUUACUAACGCCCUGCACCAGAGCUAAGCGGAAUGUAUCUCUGGUCCAGCACGUUACUAACGCCCUGCACCAGAGCUAAGUGGAAUGUAUCUCUGGUCCAGCACGUUACUAACGCCCUGCACCAGAGCUAAGUGGAAUGUAUCUCUGGUCCAGCACGUUACUAACGCCCUGCACCAAAGCUAAGUGGAAUGGAACACUCUAACCACCUGUUUCAGCUGUGCUAAUUGAUGCUAUUUGGACAGUGUUGGCUACAUGCUGUUAACGAAUUGAAUCCAUUAAUUUAUCUGCACCUGCAGACUUUAGACGAGUACCGUGGAAUAAAUUGACAGGCUGAUUGACCUGUAGGAAAGGUUGGUCUUCACGAGUUGUUAGUUCACGCAGAAUGACCCAGGAACAGUUGCUUUCGAGCCUGAAGAAGGAUGUGCGCUCCCUGCUCAUCUCAGCCAAGCAGGGCCUGACCCCAGAUCAGUUGAAGAGAGACUACAUCAACAUGCUGGGCCACCCCAUGCCCCUGAGGAUCCUUGGCUUCCGCAACGUGCUGGACAUGAUCCGCGAGAUGCCCGACGUGGUGCAUAUCCUCUAUCUGGGAGAUGGCAGCAUAGUGCUGAAGGCAGUGGCUGAUGACACCACCAGAGGCAUAGUGGAGUUGGUGGCCAAGCAGCGCAGUGCCAAGAAGACCCCUGCUCAGCGUGGCGGUGUGGGCUUCUUCUCCCCACGCUACCAGAAUCACAACCCCAUGGUUCUGCCGCGGCGUGGCCGUGCACCCCCGGCCCUGCCGGCUCAACUCCGGGCCCAGCUCCACCAGCUGCUCUCCCAUGGGGCCGUGGGUUUAUCGGAGCUGGAGACAGCCUUCGUCCGCCGCUUCGGCUUCCCUUUACGUGUCAACAACUACGGCUUCUAUUCCAUCGCCGAGAUGCUGGCGGCGGCCGCCGACCUGGUGGCAGUGACACAAAGCAGGAUGGGCUCCCAGCUGUCCCUCAGGGGGGCAGUGGUGGCAUCACGGAGGACUGGACCCAUAAAGCCGUUAUUCCCAUUGAAGCAGACCUUCAAAACUGUUCCUAUCGUAAGGCAGAUGACCCAGACAAACUCAGUCCCAGUAGAAAAACACACCACGGAUUCCAGUACUCCGAAUCCAGUCUCCAAUACUCAGAAUCUUGUGGUACCAGCGCCACUCCCUGAGGCUGCAGUCCUUAACAGCCCAGAGGGGGACCAGGGCUCUCUGCCAAUGGAUUACACAACACCACAGCCUGAACCUGAACCCACGCAGGACGGACAACUGUUUCAGAAGUGUGUCAUCAAGCUGGAGGAGGAGCUUAGGCAGCGUAUUCUGGAGAACGGGGAAGCGGGCACUGUCAGUCCAGAACUAAAGGCCAAGCUUCGCCAGGUUGUAGCCCAAAACAGUGAGGGACUGUCCGUCCACGAUCUCCCUGCAGAAUUCAAGAGGGUGUUUGGGGAGGAGCUGCCUGUGGUCCAGAGUGGCUUCCUGAGUACCACGGAGAUGGUGGGUGCCCUGAGCGACACGCUCUACCUGCGGCCCAUGGCGGGCGACGAGGGCAACCACUGGGUGGUCAUGGACAUCCAGAAUGCCCCUGGACACACAACGCCUCAACAACCAGGAACGGCGGAGCCCGAAGGCCCCGUUGAGGGUGUCAAGGCUCUGAACCCGUCAGGUACAGGCUACUAUUUCAGCUGUGAGGAGUCUCCCUGGGAGGGAGAGGGAGGCGAGACCAAGCCCAACUUGGAGGAAGACCUGGAGCUCCGCAUCACCACCAAGACCUUCUACCAGAUGGUGGAUAUGUACGGCUCGUUGCCGGUGCGUUGUCGGCGUGGGGCGGUGAUUCCCCCGGACGCCAUGCGGGGCCAGAGGCUGAGGGCCCCCACGUGCAGGGGCCCUCGGGAGCUGGUGGCCGUGCUGGUGGAGCAUGUGGAGUCUCCCUCGAACUUCUACAUCCGCUUUGAUGAGAGCCAAGAGGCCCGCGCCCUGGAGAACAUGAUGAUUGAGAUGAGGAGCUGCUACACCUGUCCCGAGGUGUUGGAGCGUUACCGUCUACCGGAGCGCUACGUGCGUACAGGCCAGGUGUGCUGCGUGGCGCCCCAGGGCAUCUGGUUCUACCGCGUGGUGGUUCACCGUGUCCUCAACAACACCCAUGCAGAGGUCUACUACGUGGACUUUGGAGACCUCACCACUGUCCAGAGGAGCAGCCUCAACUUCCUCAAGUCUUGUUACUCAGAGCUCCCAGCACAAGCAGUCCCAUCAUCGCUGGCUGGAAUCAAGCCUUUCGGUGGCAGCUGGAGUGCCAACGCCAAGACCUCCUUCCAGAAGCUAUGUUGUGACCGUACCCUGGUGGCAGCCCUGCAUGGCUACCACGCCGACUUCCUGCAGCUCUUUCUGUGCGACACACACACCGAGGAGGAUGUGUACAUCCACAGCGCCCUGCAGGCCCAGGGCCAUGGGCUCUGCUGCGCACCCACCGUCAGCGCAGCGUUGUGUAACCAGUUCAACCCAGUGAGCCUCUAUCUGGGCGAAGGCGUGUUCGGCGAGGGAAUGGAAAUAGAGGACGAGGACCCCACCCUGGAGCCUUGCCACGAAGCCACCACCAUCACUUUCCAGCACAACACCACCCAACCCCUGUCCAAGAGCUCCCCUUGCCCCACUCACACGACCCCUAACCUCGUGGGUGGGAACAAAACCAACGAAGAGGAGGUUCUGCCUGACCUCCCAGCACUGGAGUUCAUCGAGGUCAACUCUACAGCUCAGGGGGGCCUGAAUGCCAACCCGUUUGCAGCUCUGCAGAGUAAGGACCCGCUGCUGCUGUGCUGUAGUGACUGGGACCAGGGCUGGACACCCAAUGCCCCUGCCCCCACCCCUGCCCCAGAGGUGGUACAGCCCAAGGCAAACCUGGGUAACUAUGGAGACACAGCUAUGCCCCCCCCCCCUUCACCUAGUGCCAGUGAGCUGAAGCAGCCAUGCUCUGUAAAUGGAGGGGCGGUGUCCCUCAUACCUGCUGUGCCCCCCCAGCCCUCCACUCUGAAAACCCUGAGCCUCCGUACCCCCGGAUUGACGCAGACCCAGAGUGCCCCAUACGGUAUGUCCGUGUUCCCUCUGUUUGGGACGGGGGACAUGCUGCGUGUCACCUCGCCCUUUGCCCUGGGCCCGGCCGCCCGUCUGGCUACCGGCACUGGUUUCCACCUCCUCAACUGGUACCCUCACAAAAUGGCCUGAACACACACACACUUCAAACCAGCAUCAUCCUGCUAUGUGCAGACAUGAUCCUUACCUGUUAGAAUGUUAGCUACCUACAGUCAGACAUGAUCGUUAGAAUGUUAGCUACCUACAGUCAGACAUGAUCCUUACCUGUUAGCUACCUACAGUCAGACAUGAUCCUUACCUGUUAGAAUGUUAGCUACCUACAGUCAGACAUGAUCUCUACCUGUUAGCUACCUACAGUCAGACAUGAUCUCUACCUGUUAGCUACCUACAGUCAGACAUGAUCCUUACCUGUUAGAAUGUUAGCUACCUACAGUCAGACAUGAUCUCUACCUGUUAGAAUGUUAGCUACCUACAGUCAGACAUGAUCUCUACCUGUUAGAAUGUUAGCUACCUACAGUCAGACAUGAUCUCUACCUGUUAGCUACCUACAGCCAGUCCUCUUUUUUUGGUUUGAUAUUGAUGUCGUGUCAUAGACUUCUCCCAUGUUUUCUCUCUAACACUACAAGGAAUGUGUGCAGAGUUGAUCGCUCCUUCUUCGAAAUAGAAAAUAAUCGGAAAGCUUGUUUUGUAGAACUUUGAGUUGUGUUUUUACCGGUUAAGUUUUAUUUUCUGCCUUUAAGUACGCUUUGAUACGUUUUAUGUGUUUCAUAUUGUAAUGACCAGGUUAGUUUCCUCCUGUUCUACCUGUUUCCUGUUUAACUGCUCAGCAGGUUCGUUUCCUUAGAGGACAGGGGACUUUUCAAAUGACACUGUUUCGAAAUAGAAAGAAAUAAUGUAAUUUUAUUUUUUUGAAAAUAAACCAAAUUGAAAACUUGUGAA